AUGCGACAUUGGCUGGGGAUCGCAUGCAUUGCAGCAUUAUUCUCGUUAGUUCAAUGUGUGAGCCAUGCGAAAAUCGAAGCGAUGCAGCGCGUUAAAAUGGACGACAAACAGCUCGUAAAAUUUCAACAACUUCAUUAUGGUUGGUACAUGCAAGCUCUGAGUGCUCUUCUCGGCUCUGUCGGCAAACAAAUGUACAUGAAAAUGAAACGAUCUGAAAGACGAGCAUUUGUGGCAUGUCUUGAUUCGAUUGAAAAGGAAUAUGAUGUGAAAGCGGGAGCGAAUUGUCUCGUCAAAGCAUUCGAUGGAAAAUUGGAAGAGCAAUAUUUUUCCGCUUCAAUGGAUCCAAAACUUGAUUUUAUUGAUAAACAAGAUGCUCUUCCGAUGGCGAAAAUCGAUAUCAAGAAAAUCAAGAAAACGAAGCAUAAGAAGAAGUUUUUACAAAAGGUCGCCAAAUCCGAGGCUGCAAAAAUCAUCAACAAAAUUCAAAAAGACAAACUGAAAUUGGUAAAAAGAAGAAAAACUAUGAGACGCGAUUUGGUUUCGAAGCACAAUGUCAGCAAAAAAGGACUUGAAAAACUCAAGAAAAUCAAUAAUAUGAGACGAAGAUUGAAGAGAAACGUUCUUUCUCUUUAUUCAAACAAGGAAGCGGAAGAUGAGGCGAAGCGUGUUGAUCGCGAAGAUCGCGGAUAUUAUAGGCCGAAAAAUCGCGACUCGAUGCCGUUUUUGCUCGAUUCGAAGAAAAGUCCGGUGAAAGUGAUGACGAAUUUGAUCCGAAAAAUCGUGAGAGCGAAUGAAACCGAAAAAUCACUCGAAUCCUCUUAUAGCAGUCUCAAGCGGCUCCAAGAUGCUGUCACAGAAUCGCGUGCCAAGAACCAAUACAAGAAUAGAAUGCUUGACAUGGUUAUCGGUACCAAACAUCCAUUGCGACGCCGCAAAUCGUUCACUGAUCGCUUGAGGGACAUUACGCCUGACGGUCUUGUUGAUGAAAGCGUCUACGGGCUGGUCGACAGCGUCUCGAAGCACACGAACGACGUGAACGCCAAUUUUCUGUCGCCAAGGUUUUUGCCAAUCAUGCCCGACAAAUUCCAAACUAAAAAACAUCUACUUUCACCAGACAUGUUCCCAUUGUAUAAGGAUGACAGCGAAAAUAGUGUUCUUCCACUUCCUACUGUUCUCGAGAAUGCGGGAUUGCAUGGAAAGGAUCGAGACUCUGUUCUCGAAUUGGUCAUGGAUGUGAGCGGCGUGAACACCGUGGUUGAUGAUGCGCUCAACUUGGUGCAAGGAUUGAGGAAGCAGGGUCUCGACAAAGACAUGUUCGAUAUUAGCAGCCUGUUGGAUGGAGCUUAUGAAACGAUCAAGAGAAUCAUGACGAAACCGCAAAACCUUGACAUGAUGAACAAGAAAUUCUCAUUCAUGAAUAAAAAACAACUAGAACUUCUCUACGGUGAGAAUGGAAUAUACAAUACCUCAGUGACGCCGUUGCCAUUUGAUAUUAAUAAAGUCGAUGCGAUGACACCUGAGCAAAAGGAGGAAUCGAUUCGGAUGACAAUCCGGGAAAUUGCUCGAGGCAACGGAGCCACCGACUUCAGAGGAAGACGUAUUAAGCGUCAGACAAUUACUCUGCUCAAUGGGGCUUAUCGAAUCGUUUUCUUGAAUCCGACUACGCUUUCGCCACAAGCAUUCUCUCCAACAAUCAAUCAGCUUUCCGUAUUGGGACCACUCACAUUGUCGCCCCAACUGUUCUGUCCCAGCAUAUUGUCUCCGCUGCUCAUUUCUCCACCAGUCAUCUCACCGCAAGUCGGAAAUCCGCUCAUCUUCUCUCCAUACGUCGUCGGACCGAACGUGUUAUCAGCUGCCGUCUUCAAUGCCUAUGUCUUCUCACCGUACGUCCUCUCCCCCAACGUCAUCAAUCCUUACGUGUUGUCUCCACUGAUUCUUUCGCCAUUCGUUCUUUGUCCUGAUGUUCUUUCGCCAACCAUUCUCUCUGGUGUCGUUCUUUCACCUUCAGUCCUCUCGCCAUCAGUUUUCACCGAUUCGGCACUUGCCGCCAAUGUACUUUCACCAACAUUCCUUUCAUAA